AUGGCAACGAAUGGUACUAAAGGCUCUGAUGGACACGUUCUAACGGAGGUGAAUGCCGAGCCUAACGACAAACCCAAAACUUUGGUGGUCAAAGUCCAGAAAAAGGAACUUCCCGAAAGAGAGAACUGGACUGGAAAAUUUGACUUUCUCCUGUCUUGCGUCGGGUACGCAAUUGGACUCGGAAAUGUCUGGAGAUUCCCUUAUCUAUGUGGGAAGAAUGGAGGAGGGGCCUUCUUGAUUCCCUACUUUUUGACGCUCAUAUUUGCUGGUAUGCCCCUGUUUCUGCUCGAAACGUCCCUCGGUCAGUACACAUCGAUUGGAGGGCUUGGUGUGUGGAAACUGGCUCCCAUGUUUAAAGGUGUUGGUCUGGCCGCUGCAGUGCUUUCUUUCUGGCUAAAUAUUUAUUACAUUGUCAUCAUUGCCUGGGCCAUAUACUAUUUGUGGUCCUCCUUUACUACCGAGCUACCAUGGCAAUCAUGUGGAAAUUCUUGGAACACAGAGCGCUGUUACACCAACUACAGCACCCUGAACGCUGCCAACCUCACCAGCGCUGUUCAGGAAUUCUGGGAACGUAACAUGCACCAGUUAACAGACGGUCUGGAGAAGCCCGGGGAAAUCAGAGCGCCUCUCGCCAUCACGCUGGCCAUCGCCUGGGUCCUCGUCUAUUUCUGUAUCUGGAAAGGUGUCGCCUGGACUGGGAAGGUGGUGUACUUCUCAGCCACGUACCCCUACGUCAUGCUCUUCAUCCUCUUCUGCCGUGGCAUCACUCUCCCCGGAGCCAUCGAUGGAAUCCUCUUCUAUAUCACGCCCAACUUUGAAAAGCUCAAGGAAUCAGAGGUAUGGUUGGAUGCUGCCACUCAGAUCUUCUUCUCCUAUGGGCUGGGGCUGGGAUCACUGAUUGCUCUGGGAAGCUACAACCCAUUCAAUAAUAAUGUUUACAGAGAUUCUGUCAUUGUGUGCUGCAUCAACUCGUUCACCAGCAUGUUCGCUGGCUUAGUCAUCUUCUCCAUUGUGGGCUUCAUGGCCAACGUGACUAAGAGACCUAUAAUAGAAGUAGCAGCCUCAGGUCCUGGCUUGGCGUUCUUGGCCUACCCCGAGGCAGUAACUCAGCUGCCUAUCUCUCCUCUCUGGGCGAUCCUCUUCUUCUCCAUGCUGCUGAUGCUUGGAAUCGACAGUCAGUUCUGCACGGUGGAGGGCUUCAUCACUGCGUUGGUGGAUGAGUUCCCCAGGGCUCUGAGAGGAAGAAGAGAACUCUUCAUCGCUGCCGUCUGCCUGGUCUCUUAUAUCAUCGGCCUGUCCAACAUCACACAGGGUGGGCUGUAUGUGUUCAAGCUGUUUGACUACUACUCUGCCAGCGGAAUGUGCCUGCUCUUCCUGGUCUUCUUCGAGUGCGUCUCCAUAUCCUGGUUCUACGGUGCCGAUAAGUUCCUUGCCAACAUUGAGGAGAUGAUUGGCCACAAGCCCUGCCUGUGGUGGAAGCUCUGUUGGGUCGUGUUCACUCCUCUUAUUGUGGCUGGAGUGUUCCUGUUCAGUGCUGUCCAGAUGGUUCCUCUCACCAUGAACAACUACGUGUUCCCCGCCUGGGGCCAGGGAGUGGGCUGGUGCAUGGCGUUGUCCUCCAUGCUCCUGAUACCUGGAUACAUGAUCUAUAUGUUCCUCAACCUCAAGGGGGAUUACAAAGAGCGUCUGCGGAUAAUGAUCCAGCCCCCGACGAUGGUGAAAGGAGAACGUCAGGAGAACGGUCCUGAGCAGACUGCAGCAGAAGCAGAGAACCUGGCCCCAGCCACUGAAGAGGCUUACAUCUAAACCUCGUUACAUCUAAACCCAUGCCCCGAGGCAAACUCUCUGCAGAAAACAACGUAAUCAAGGUGAAAACGCAACCAAGGGAUUCGUCUCAAA